AUGGAAGCAGCACCAGAGCAAGGAGAGAGAGGAAGCAGAACACAGAUGCUAACAGGCACGGUUUUAGGGAUAGAUCACACCGAUCUCUUUUACAGAGUCUGCGCUCUUUGUGAAAGGACCCUUUCCUUUCCCUCCGGUGAUGAUUCUGAUGCCCCAGCUUCUUCCCUCUGCAAAUUCUGCCACCCGCACCCUGCUUCUGCCUCCUCUGCCUCCAAAAGACUCUUCCGAAUCCUGAUGUCGGUUGCGACAGAAACGAAGGUAUUCAGUGUCAUAUGCUUCGAUAGAGUUGCCAGGGUUCUGUUCGGUUGUUCUGCAGAUGACUUCUUUCACUUUGCAAAGCUCCACCCUUUUUGUGGUGUGACUGUAAAUGAGAUUCUGGAGGGAGAGAUGUUCACUAUGACUCUAACCAAGCCCCUCAAUGGCAAUGCUAGACAUCUAAGGCUUGCAUCCGCUGUACCUUUGAGCUCUACAUUUCAGCCCAUCAUUCAGGUUUUAAGAGAAUACUACACAUCAUCACAUACUAGUUAGUCACAAUUUAUUGUGUAAAAUUUUAAGUGAAAAUCAUUUUACAGUGGCAUAAUUAAG